GGAUCUCUUUGUGUGAGGGGCUUGAUUUUCUUUGGAGAUAGAUUCAAAAUUUGUGUAAGUUCUUUUGAGCAUAUUUAUGAUUGAUAUUUUCCUGUGUAUACCCAAUUUUUCCAGCUUAACUCACUUGAAUUAUGACUUUGCUGCAGGUUUUGGUAACUUCUGGAAUUUGAAAGGUUUUCUUUGCUUCUGAUAUGUUUUUUAUGAUCUAUGAAUGUUGUAUUCAUAGAUCACUGGCUAACCUACUGUAAAGGGCUGGAGUGAUCUGAGCCCUGCAAAUUUCUGCUCCUGAGUCAUAGUUUGAGGGCCUAAGUAACAUAACUGCAGGCUAGAAAUCUUUGGCUAGAUGCUAUUCUGGUCUCCCAUCUCUGUCCUCUAGUACAUGGCUUCAAGUGCUAGGAUUUCUUGACUUGCUCCUUAAGCUGGAAGGCUUUUGUGAGAAGAGCACCUAGAAAGAGCUUUUCUUGUAUUGGCCUUUCUCAAUAUUCAUAAGCUUCUGGCUGUUUCUUUGGGUAGACCUGAGUUGACAAAACAACAACAAACUAUUUUUGCUAAAGUUUUUAUUUUUAGAAAAAAACAUAAAUCUGUCUUGAUGCUAUCUAUCUAUAGUUUAAUUCUUGCUGUAAUAAUGGGAGAACUUGGUCGUUUUGCUUCCACACACUACCAUCUUGAGAGACCCCUGCUAUGUUUGUUUACAUCUGUGUUGAGUACAUCUCUGCUCUGGUAUGUGCAUUGAGCUUAUGCCUUGGGGGGAAGCAAUAGUUCUUGUAAGUGGUUGCUUUAGGGAAGAACCUUUGCCAUUUUAACCUCCCUUUCGGCAUUGCCCUUGGGAGGUCCCUUAGUGACCUAAUACCCCUUUGUGGAUAGGUAGAGAUGAAUUUUGAAUGCAACAGAAGAAAUGCUUUCUCUUAGGGAGAAAAGGGGGAAGGAAGAGAAGCAACAUGAAGAUUGUCCAAGAACUAAAAGCUCAGAUGGAGGAGGAAAGGAAAGCAACUGUCAGAACGGAUUAUUUUGUUCAGAAUAUCUCCCAUUUUGGGAAAAGUGCGGAGGUCAGGCUUAUCGUGGGCAUAUUCCACUUCAGUCUUUGGAGUGGGGCUUGUUUCUUUGUCCUUGUAACCUGGUGCACAAAGUAAGCACCUAAUAAAUACUCGGUAAAAGUUGGAGGCAGGGCUUCUGGGCGAAGAGAGGGCGGCCGAGUCUACUGGUCUCGGAAACCGCAGAUCCGGACCUUCUUUUUCAGGCUGUUAAGGAGCGGGACAGAGGAGGUUCCUGCUCUUUCCCUCGUCCUCUUAUCUCCCCAGAAGGAGAGAAAGAAUUGGGUAGAACACACCGUGGAGAGGACGGACAGCCUUCUCUAAGACGAGGGCUGAGACGGUCCAGGGGCUGGCGUCCAGGAGCAACAUCCCAGCUCCGAGCUCAGUUGCGGAGGGACUUACGUACUCGGGUACCAGAAGGUUGCCAUGGUAUCGACAGGCCUGAAUGCGCACGCGCAGCCCCGCCCCACUCUGGUCCUCUCGCCUGCUCCAGCCGCUUCUUUUCAGUGGCCCUGCCCAGCCGCCAGGAUUCCUUAGUUUCCGCUUCCGGUCGUGACACAAGCUAAAGGUCGUUCAGUCCUCGAGGACGUGGGCCUCCGCAAAGGCCUGAUGAACACUGACUGAAUUUAGUUUCCAUUUCUCCAGCUGGCAGUCAUCUCCCACCGCCCCCACCCCUUCCACCCACCCUUCAGCUGGUUUAAUCGGCAAACUCUUUUCCUUACAAAGGACAAUUUUGUCCCAACAUCAUGGCAAAUCACCUGAAGUUCAUUGCCAGGACUGUGAUGGUACAGGAAGGGAAUGUGGAAGGUGCAUACAGGACUUUGAACAGAAUUCUUACCAUGGAUGGGCUUAUUGAUGACAUCAAACGGAGGAGAUACUAUGAGAAGCCCUGUCGUCGACGACAGAGGGAGAGCUAUGAGACUUGUCGGCGCAUCUACAACAUGGAAAUGGCACGAAAAAUUAAUUUCUUGAUGCGCAAGAAUCGAAUGGAUCCAUGGCAGGGCUGCUGAGGCCAUUGGGGAUAAAGAGACCCAAUGUGAAAACUCCCUACUAGGCAAUAAUAGCUAUGUCUCCACAGGUUUCUUCUAAGAGCCUCAAAACCUGGAGAAUUUACUUUCCUCUUUCCACCUUUUCAAUCCUAAUAUAUUCCCGUUCAUAUAUAUAUAUAUACUUGCAUGCAUGCCAGAUUUAGCUCUAUAUCAGUGACAUCAUUAAAUGUUCCUCACGCCUAUGUCUUUGAUGAAUAGGCAACCCCACAGCACUAUUUCUUUGCCAUUCUAAAGAAUUCAGGGGGCAGACUUCAAAAAUUAAUGAGUGGAAUAUAACACUUUAUUCCUUGACCCCAAAUAGUUCCCAGUAAGGAAAACUGAGAACUAUAGACAAGAAAGGCUCCCUAGCAUUAUUUGGAAAAAAUUAUCUAUUUCUCUAUUGAAUAAUUUCCUAAACUGAAAAAGGGUUCAUGUAGUUGGAAUAAAUUCUACUUUUGAAGCAUCUCACCAGACUACUCGCUGGAAUCUUUCUCCCUGAGAAUUCCUGGAAAACCUGCCAACCUAACAUUCAUGCCUGUUUUCUGUCUUUUGUUCUGCUUUUCUUUUGUGUUCAAAUUUGGGGAGGAGGGACAAGAAUAAAUAGGAGAAAGAGGAGGUUGUGAUAAUAGGCAUAAAGAUGAAUAGGGGAGCAGUUAAAAUAUGAAAAAGUUGAGAAGGUGGAGCUCAUGUGGGAUAGAUCUGAAACAAAGUGGAGUUUUACACCCCACCCCCAAUUUUUCUUCCCCCAGCAGGUACUCUUGGGUAUGUGACACUGACAGCUUGUGGCACUGGGCCACUGUAGGGAAAGCCAGCUGCUUUGCUUCCUCUCCUGCUGUCUGUUUGCUCUGGCUUCAGUUCCCAUAUAGUCCUGUUGCUGAUAUUAGGCAAGGAGACGCCAACCCCUGCAGGGGAUAGUGGGGGAGGCUGAGGUGGGUAGCCCACCCCCUCUUUCACACAGGCUAUAGCCUUCUGUAGCCAGCAUGGUAUUUAAAAAGGAAAUAAACAGUGUAGACUGCCAAACUUCACAAUUUCCUGAUAUUCAGAAGUCUCCCUCUGGUGGUAAGGAAGGCUGACUUUGGGUUUACCUCUUACUUCUAGCCUUACUCAUUUGUCUUCUUUUUAAUAUCUUCCCCUGGGGAUUCCCAUUUAUAGUGACAUCUUUAUGGAUUAUUAAAGCUGAAUAUGUAAUGAA